AUGUCAACUACUACUGCAAACACAUCCACUGAAAAGGUGUUAUCCUCUCUCGUGGUUAACGUUGUCAUCUUUGGUAUAUUUGUGGGGGCAUUUCUUUUGUUAAGAAUCAAGUUCAAGAGAAUCUACUCUCCAAAAUCUUCUUAUGAUUUGGUACCAGAAGAUAAGAAGCCUGAAGCAUUGCCAUCGGAUCCCUUCCGGUGGAUAUUUAUUCUUCUACGUAAGCCUUCGUCCUUCAUUAUCCAACAGGCCGGUCUAGAUGGGUACUUUUUCCUUCGAUACUUAUUUGUGUUUGGAUUGGUGUUCCUCUUUGGGAUCUUGAUGUUCACAGUGCUCUUACCUAUUAAUGCAGUUGGAGGAGCAGGAGGUGAAGGCUUUGACCAAUUUUCCAUCUCCAAUGUGACCAAUAGGAAAAGAUACUAUGCACAUGCUGUAAUGUCUUGGUUAUUCUACGGCAUUGUUGUGUUUGUGAUCUUUAGAGAGUUAUACUUUUACAAUUCCUUAAGAGCUGCCACUAUUGCUUCCCCUAAAUAUGCUAGAAAGCUUUCAUCUCGGACUUUGCUUUUCCAGUGUGUUCCAGACUCAUUGCUUGAUAACAAACAAGCAUUCAAGUUGUUCUAUGGGGUGAAAAGAGUGUACGUGCCUCGUAUGGAUAGGAAGUUGAGUUCCAAGGUCAAUGAACGAAAGAAUAUGUUCAACAUGCUUGAAGGUGCAGAAAACAAGUUAAUUACCAUGGCCGUCAAAAAACAUGCCAAGUUGGCGAAGAAAAAUAAGUUGGAUACAAUCACCGAUCAGGCUAAUAUCAACUCUUAUGUUCCAGAGAAGAAGAGACCUCAUUUCAAACCAGAAGGUUUCUUCUCCCGGCGGAAAGUCGAUACCAUUGAUUAUUGUAAGAAGGAAUUGCAAAUCUUGGAUGCCGAGGUAAAGAAACUUCAAAAGACUUUCAGAAAGAAUCCACCCAGAAACUCCAUGUUUGUUGAAUUUGAAAACCAAUACUAUUGUCAACUUGCUUAUCAAACCACCAGUUACCAUUCACCAAUGAAAAUGUCUAGCAAGUUCACAGGCAUGGAACCUGGCGAUAUCAAAUGGACAAAUACUCGUUUGUUCUGGUGGGAAUGGAUUGUAAGACGGUUUAUAGCCAUUGCUGCAGCUACAGUUCUUAUUUUACUUUGGGCUGUUCCAGUGGCCUUUGUGGGUACCAUCUCUAACUUAACUUAUUUAACUAAUAAGAUUCAUUGGUUAAGAUGGCUAUUAAAGCUUCCUAAGCCCAUAUUGGGUGCUAUCACUGGUUAUUUACCAACCAUCAUGUUGGCUAUUUUAAUGGCAUUGUUACCUUUGUUUAUUCGUGCAAUGGCUGUGGUUGCGGGUUGUCCCACCAACCAAUCAGUUGAAAAAUGGACUCAAUCUGUUUACUUUGCAUUCUUGAUCAUUAAUGGGUUCCUUAUUACUACCAUCUCAUCUUCAGCUACUUCUACAAUCACUCAAAUUGCUUCUAAGCCUGAAGAUGCUUUAAGUAUUCUUGCAAAUGGGUUACCCAAGUCAUCUAACUUCUAUGUGGCCUAUUUAAUGCUUCAAGGGUUGUCAAUUGCUGGUGCAGCUCUCUUUCAAAUUGUCGGUUUUUUCCUUUACUAUAUUUUUGGCUUCUUCUUUGAUUCAACCGUAAGAAAGAAGUGGGAAAGAUUCUCCGGAUUAAGUGCCAUGGCUUGGGGAACAACCUUCCCGCUUUAUACCACAUUAGUGUGUAUUACCUUGGCUUAUUCCAUCAUAUCACCAUUGAUUCUUUUAUUUGCAACAGCGUCUUUCUUCUUGCUUUACAUUGCUUAUGCUUAUAACUUGACUUAUGUUUUCACAGAGGUUACAGACAGCAGAGGGGCUCAUUAUCCAACAGCACUCUUCCAAACGUUUACUGGUUUGUAUUUGGGCCAAAUUUGCCUUUUGGGUUUAUUUGCUGUAGGGAAAGGUUGGGGUCCUAUUGCAAUGCAACUUAUAGGCAUUGGUUUUACAGUUUUUGCUCACGUUCAUUUGCAAGAAGCAUUUUCUCAUUUACUUAAGGUUGUUCCUAUUGAUUGUAUGAUGCCAUUGGACGGUGUCAGUGAAACACCCUCUUAUAAGGGAACUUUGGAAUAUGAAGGAAAGGUUUUACGUAAACGUCAUAAUCAUAAGUAUCAUAAGGAAAACUCUGAAAGUGAACAUGAACAGAAACAUAAAAAUGAAAAUGAACAUGAACAUGAAAAUGAAAACGACAAUGAAACUAACUCUGACGGUGAUUUAGAGAAGGCUACAAAUACAGUUAUUACAUGUGUACCUCUUUUGGCAGAAAAGGACUUCAAGGAGUCAUCUUCCAGAAACUAUUUGAUUAGAUUUCUUCGUCCUGAUGUUUAUUUGAACUUCAAAGAAUCAAGGAAGAUCCUUCCUGCUUCUUACUUUAUUGAUGAUGGUGGUGAGGAUGCAGCGGAUGAUGUUCAUGCCUAUGAUUUACCACAUGUGGGGGAUGAUAUGGAUAUAAUGUGGCUUCCUAAGGAUCCUUAUGGAUUUUCAGACAUGGAAAUUGAGAAUAUGCCUUCUGUUAUUCGUGCUAGUAAUGAGAAUGCUGGGUUUGCAUCGAGUAAUUCACCCAUUUAUUUUGGUGAACCACCAACAGAGCCCUUGAAUGUGAAGUGA